AUGCCUGAACAUCCUUUGGGUGAUCUAAUCAAGGAACUGAGACCUACCGAUUUGACGGGGAGCGCGGCUUCUUUUGAGCCUGCUGCGUGCAUCACUAAUUGUAGUGUUAUUGCCUCGUGGAACUGGACUCGCACCACGGAUCCUGAGAUGCUCAUUCCGGGCCUGCCUCCGCGAUGGACCCCACUCAUCCAUCCUGAGAAGCUGGCCGAGGACAGCGGCGAAUACUUACGUGACCGUAAUGCUGCGUGCUAUCCGAAACAUCCGAUGGAGCCAGCUAUUGUCGCCGCGUUGACGGAGUCACCACAGUCGUGCGGCAGUGCUGCCAUCGAUCUUGUCGCUUGUAGCAGCACCCUUGGAAACCUUCUCCGUUUUCUACGUGGGGAAGAAAAGCCAUUUCGCAUGCUCGUAUACAAAGUUGGAGAGACUGUCUUCUUCGUUCGCCGCGAAAAGUCCCCAACGGAGAAGAUUCCAGACGUACGAGGGUUUGGACAUUCAUUUCCUGAAGCUUACACAACUUGGGAGUCGGACGUAAAGACAUCGACUUCGCAUCAGCGGGUGCUUCGUUAUUCCUUCGGGGGACUGCGAUGUCUCGUCCGCUUUGAAGCUGACGGAUACCUUUCCGACGGAGCCCAGAAUAAGGGCGCAAGGUCAACAAGGGCCGAAGUCCAGGCGCCCAUGACUUCCGACAAGUUGGUGACUGCUUUCAACGCUGCAUCUAUCACUACUGAGUCACCAAGCAUCGGUGGAGGGUUGCGAGUGAAAGAAGGGGGUGCUCGCGUGCCUCAGCAUCAGAUUUUUGAUCUGAAGACGCGAUCCUUUCGAAAGAAAGACGAGGAUACGACUAGCGAGGAGCUCCCGCGGCUGUGGGUUGCUCAGUUGCAUCACUUCAUCUUAGCCCACCAUCGUGACGGCCUCUUCGACGACAUCGAGGUACGGGAUGUUCGCGAGAGAGUUCUAGAAUGGGAGAAGGAAAAUGUCAGAGUGCUUUCACGAUUGGCUGCGCUCAUCCACCAAAUCAAAGACAUAGUAUGUGACGUCGCUGGCAAGAAGAUUGAAGUCUGUCACAUGCUUGGCAGCGUGAGAGGCCUGCAGAUUCGUCAGCAGCUCCCCGGUGUCGAAGAUGUGCUUUCUGCUGGCAUAAAGGCCAGAUGGAUUGCGACACCGGGUGAUGUUGACGCUAUUUCAUCCGAUUCGGAAUCGGGUGAUUCAGGCGUGGGUGGAAUUGGUUGGAGCGAUGAAGGGGAAGACUUCACAGCUUGCUCGUCAUCGUGUGACUACUGUGGUCGUUGCGUGGCCCCGAAGAAAUGCUAG